AUGUCUACCUCAGUCCUUGACUUCACCACAGCCCUCGAGGUGCUGAAGGAGUACAAGCAGAAGGAUGGCCUCGACAUCCACGAGCUUAUGGACACAACCAAGCACGGUGGUCUUACCUACAAUGACUUCCUGCUUCUACCCGGCUACAUUGGCUUCGCUGCCUCUGAGGUCACUCUCGAUGCGCCUAUCACUAAGCGCAUCACCCUCAAGACCCCCUUCGUUUCGUCUCCCAUGGACACUGUCACAGAGCACGAGAUGGCUAUCCACAUGGCUCUCCAGGGUGGUCUUGGUGUCAUCCACCACAACUGCUCUCCUGAGGCCCAGGCCGAUAUGGUCCGCAAGGUCAAGCGAUACGAGAACGGUUUCAUCCUCGACCCUAUCGUCAUUGAUCGCAACACCACUGUUGGUGAGGCCAAAGCUCUGAAGGAGAAGUGGGGUUUCGGUGGUUUCCCAGUCACUGCCGAUGGCAAGCUUGGUUCCAAGCUGCUUGGUAUUGUUACCAACCGAGACCUCCAGUUCGAGGAGGACCUUGACCAGCCCGUCUCCAAUGUCAUGGUUACUGACCUUGUCACUGCUCCCGAGCACGUCACUCUCCUCGAAGCCAACAAGAGUCUUUCCAAAUCCAAGAAGGGCAAGCUGCCCAUUGUCGACAAGGACUUCAACCUGGUCUCUAUGAUCUCUCGCUCCGAUUUGACUAAGAACCAGCACUUCCCCAAUGCCUCUAAGCUUCCCGACAGCAAGCAGCUCCUUUGCGCUGCUGCUAUUGGCACUCGCCCCGAGGACAAGCUUCGCCUCAAGAAGCUGGUUGACGCCGGCCUUGACAUCGUUAUCCUUGACAGCUCUCAGGGUAACAGCAUGUAUCAGAUUGAGAUGAUCAAGUGGGUCAAGAGUGAGUUCCCUGGUGUCGAUGUCAUUGGCGGAAACGUCGUGACUCGAGAGCAGGCUGCUUCUCUGAUCGCUGCUGGUGUCGACGGUCUCCGAAUUGGUAUGGGCAGUGGUUCUGCCUGUAUCACACAGGAGGUCAUGGCUGUCGGCCGUCCUCAGGCUGCCGCUGUCUAUAGCGUCAGCCGCUUCGCUGCCCGCUUCGGUGUUCCUUGUAUCGCCGAUGGUGGUAUCCAGAACGUUGGUCACAUCGUCAAGGGCCUUGCUCUGGGUGCUUCUACCAUCAUGAUGGGUGGUCUGUUGGCUGGUACCACUGAGUCCCCCGGCACUUCUUUCGUCUCCCGGGAGGGUAAGCUCGUCAAGGCUUACCGAGGUAUGGGAAGUAUCGAUGCUAUGCAGGACAAGAAGGCCGGCAACGGUGGUAAGGAUAGCCAGAAGAGCAACGCCGGUACUGCCCGUUACUUUUCUGAGGGUGAUAGCGUCCUGGUUGCUCAGGGUGUCUCUGGCGCUGUUGCUCACCGAGGUUCGAUCAACAAGUUCGUUCCCUAUCUCGCUGCUGGACUCAAGCACUCUCUCCAGGACAGUGGCAUGACCAGCCUCAAGACUAUGCACGAGAGUGCCGAGGCUGGUGAGCUGCGUUUCGAGCUUCGAACAGCCAGCGCCCAGUUGGAGGGCAACGUCAACAUGGAGUCUUAUGAGAAGAAGCUUUAUGCGUAA